AUAAUACCUCUCUUGAUUACUGUUGUUGCAUGUCUCAUUCAGCAGGUGACCGAAAACAAAAGUUUGGAGGCGUUUGGCGGCCAUGACAGCCAACCCAACACCGCGAGUCGAGCGACAAGAGUCGGAGGCGGAGGCGCAGCUGAAGCCGAUGCAUGCGGAAACGGCUGAGGCAGAGGCCGAGGUGAAUGGGGCAGCUGAGGCGGCAACGGAUGAGCUAAUUGGCAUUUUCUAUGUGGAGAAUCGGCGACGCAAGCAAAACAUAAAAAUUGUAGUCAAGCUCUGUCCAGAGGGCGUCUAUCUGCGUCGGGAGACGGCACAGAACGAUCACAUCAAUGAGCAGCUGAUACGCAUCGACGACAUCAUCGGCUCCAGCUGUGGCCAGCGGCUGAAGAAGCGAGCCCGAGGUGGCCUCACCUCGUGCAAAAGCACCAGAAAUCAGCAGCAGGAGCAGCAGGAGCAGCACCAGCACCCAGAUGCCGAGGGUGCAGGAGCAGAGGAGCAGCAGGGAAAGGAAGCCGACAACAGCGCCUACCUCUACAUCUAUGCGUAUCUCAAGAAGGAGAAGCCGCUGCGACGAGUGCAGACGUUGCGCAUCCUACGCUUUCGCACCAGCGACGACUAUGCCGAGAAUCUGGCCACCGCUCGGCUCUGGCAUCGCACCAUACGGGAGCACAAGCAGCGCUCAGGUGCCGCGGGUCAAGUGGCUCGGGCGGCGGGCAAAAGGCUGCUGAUUUUGCUGAAUCCCAAGUCGGGAUCGGGCAAGGGACGCGAACUGUUCCAGAAGCAGGUGGCGCCACUGCUGCGCGAAGCGGAGGUCCAGUACGAUCUGCAGAUCACAACCCAUCCCAACUAUGCCCAGGAGUUUGUGCGCUCGCGCAAAGAUCUGAUGGAACGGUAUUCGGGCAUCGUUGUCGCCUCCGGCGACGGCCUCUUCUACGAGGUGCUCAACGGCCUGAUGGGGCGCAUGGACUGGCGUCGUGCCUGCCGUGAGCUGCCCCUGGGCAUCAUACCCUGCGGCUCCGGCAAUGGCCUGGCCAAAAGCAUCGCUCAUCAUUGCAACGAGCCGUACGAGCCGAAGCCCAUCCUCCAUGCCACGCUGAUCUGUGUGGCCGGCCGCGCUACGCCCAUGGAUGUGGUGCGUGUCGAGCUCACUCACCGGGACAGACACUAUGUGAUGUACUCGUUCCUCUCCAUUGGCUGGGGCCUCAUUGCCGACAUCGAUAUUGAGAGCGAAAGCCUGCGCUCGAUUGGCGCCCAGCGCUUUACCCUUUGGGCCAUUCGGCGGCUCAUCACGCUGCGCUGCUAUCGGGGUAAACUCUACUAUCUGCCGGCAAAGAGCUCCACGGAGCAGCCAGCAGCAGCGCCUGCAGCAGCUCCUGCAGCAGCUCAAUCCACGACAGGAACACCUCAGGAGCAGGCCAAUAGCCAGGCUGAGCCCCAGCCCGCAGCCUUCAGCGAAUUCAAAGACCUGCCCGACGACGAGGAUGUGCAGCUGCGCGACAAUCAGUCGGAUCUGGAUCAGUUUGCCGACGCCCUGUCCCUGGAUCGUUCCAUCUAUCGCCAGAAUGCGGAUAGCUGGCAUUCGGCAGUGUCGAGGCGCACGGCCUACUAUUCGAUUGGGGGCCAGAGCUCGCGCUCCAACCGCAGCCGGCUGAACGUGAGCCAGCGGAUCGAGGCAGCCAAUGCCGAGUUCAAUCAGCUGAUGCCGGUGAGCAAAAUACCCGGACUGCAGAUGCCGCUAUCUGCCGCCGAUGGCUGGCUGCACGAGGAGGGCGAAUUUGUGAUGGUCCAUGCGGCCUACACCACCCACCUGGCCUCCGAUUGCUACUUUGCGCCCGAGUCCCGGCUCAACGAUGGCCUCAUCUACCUGGUGAUCAUACGAGCCGGUGUCGGACGCUCUCAGCUGCUCAACUUUCUGCUGGGCAUGCACAAUGGCACUCAUCUGCCCAUGGAGCAGGAUCCACACAUACAGGUGGUGCCGGUGCGAGCGUUUCGCAUUGAGCCUUGCGGCUCCCACGGCAUCCUUACCAUCGAUGGGGAGCGCGUGGACUAUGGGCCCAUACAAGCCGAGGUAUUCCCAGGCCUCAUCAAUGUGAUGACCACAACGGGGCAGUGAGCAGGUUUAAAAAAGUUCCA